CUUCCCUCCCCCCCCCCCCCCCCCCCCCGGGCUCGGAUCCCGCCCGCGGUGCCCAGUGCGCGGCGCCCUCGGAUCCGCCCGGCUCCGGGUCUCCUCCCCGCCAUCGCCGGCCGCUCCGCUCCUCGCGCGUCCAUGUCUCUGCCCGUGGUGCUCCCGGGCUCUUGCUGCCCGGUAGCGGGCCUUUCGGGGGGUCCUCAGUCCGGGGGUGCAGGCACGGCGGCCGCCACCGCCCAGGAGCCGCCGCUGCCCCCGUUGCGGCCGCGCUGGUCCCGGAGCGCGCGGCCGCCCCCGGCGCGGCCUCGCGGCGCCGCCGCCGCCGCCACCGCGGGGGCCGCCGGGGUUCUGGCCGCGCCGCCCGCGCUGUCCGCGCGCCGGGCCGCCGCGGGCCCCGGCCCCGGCCCCGGCCCCGGCCCCGGCCCCGCGCUGCUGCCCGCGCGCCCGCUGCUGUCGCUCGGGCUGCUGCAGCUGGUCCUGGGCUGCUGCAUGGUGGCGCUCAGCUUCGGGGCGCUGUCUCUGAGCAGCUCCCCGCAGGUGAAGAACUCGUGCCCGUUCUGGGCCGGCUCUUCGGUAAUUCUGUCCGGGAUCAUAGGGUUAACCACUUGGAAAAGACCUAUGAUUCUUCUGGUAAACCUCUUCGUGUUACUCUCUGUGGUCUGUGUCCUGCUAAAUCUCGCGGGAUUCAUCCUGGGAUGUCAAGGGGCACAGUUUGUGUCCAGUGUACCCAGGUGUGAUCUGGUGGACCUAGGUGAAGGCAAGAUUUGCUUCUGUUGUGAAGAAUUUCAACCAGCCAAAUGCACAGACAAAGAGAACUCCUUGAAACUCUUUCCCGUUCAACCUUGUAGUGCUGUUCACCUUCUGCUUAAGAAAGUCCUCUUUGCCUUGUGUGCCUUGAAUGCGCUCACCACCACCGUGUGUCUGGUGGCCGCCGCCCUCCGCUACCUGCAGAUAUUCGCCACAAGAAGGUCCUGCAUCGACGAGUCCCAGAUUUCUGCCGAAGAAGUGGAAGAUCAUGGCCGGAUUCCUGACCCUGAUGACUUCAUACCACCUGUGCCUCCUCCUUCUUACUUUGCCACAUUUUACUCGUGUACGCCCCGGAUGAGCCGCAGGAUGGUGGGUCCCGACGUCAUUCCGCUGCCGCACAUCUAUGGAGCUAGAAGCAAAGGUGUGGAAGUGUUCUGUCCUCUGGACCCCCCACCUCCCUAUGAAGCGGUGGUGAGCCAAAUGGACCAGGAACAGGGGUCUUCAUUCCAGAUUCCAGAAGGAUCCGAGGCUGCUGUGAGUCCACUGGAAUUGGCGGACACACACACCACUCAAGGUGGGGCUGUUCCUCCCACAACCGGUGAAGAAGGCACAUCUGUAUUGAGUCCUCCCGCAAGCCUAGUGCAUCCAGCCAGGAGCUGCCGAGCUUUCCCGCCACUCAGGACAAGAUCCAAGAGUGAUCCUGUGCUCCACCACUGCGAGGAGAGAGCCACCCCAGUGCUCAGCUGCGAAGCGGCCACUCAGACUGAAAGGAGACUGGAUCUGGCCCUGGUGACGCUUAGGAGAAGCAGCAGACCAAGAGCGCUGAGAUGCAGGCCCCGCUCUCUAAUCGAUUAUAGGUCUUACAUAGACACCAAGCUCCUGGUGGCAAGGUUCUUGGAGCAGUCUUCUUGCAGCAUGACCCCGGACAUCCAUGAACUUGUAGAAAACAUUAAAUCUGUGUUGAAAUCCGAUGAGGAGCACAUGGAGGAAGCCAUCACAAGUGCCAGUUUUCUAGAACAGAUAAUGGCGCCUUCACAGCCCGGUGCUGCCUGGGCCUAUGCGCUGCCUUGGCAGAGACGGCCCGGCCUGCUGCACCUGCAGAGCUGUGGGGACCUGAGCACCUUUGCCCCACCGGGGAGGCUGAGAGCCGAGAGGAGGCCCCGGCCGGUGGAGGCUGAGCGGCCGCACAGCCUCAUCGGUGUCAUCAGAGAGACCGUGCUGUGACCUGAGGAAGGGAGGGAAGGGUUGAAGGGUCCCCCUCUUUCUGCUGUGGAGUUGGGGGGUCCCCUGUGGGGAUGCCUCCAAAAAG